AAGAAGAAGGGAAGAAAGGAGGGGGACCAUCCUCCCCACUACCUCCGCCAGCAUCGCCACCACCAUUGACACUACUCCGAGUCUCCAGUUGCGCCCAUGCCUGUGCCGCCAGUUUCGUUUUAGGGGCUGAACCGCAGGGGCUGAAGAAAAUGGGGCAGAGCGCGCCCCGGACCCUCCUGCUGCUGCUGGCGGGGCUGCUGGGGGAGGCUCUGGCAGGGUUCCCCAACACCAUCAGUAUAGGUGGACUUUUCAUGAGGAACACUGUUCAGGAGCACAGUGCAUUUCGAUUUGCUGUGCAGUUAUACAACACAAACCAAAAUACCACAGAAAAGCCCUUCCAUUUGAACUAUCAUGUAGAUCACUUGGACUCUUCCAACAGUUUUUCAGUGACAAAUGCUUUCUGUUCACAGUUUUCCAGAGGAGUUUAUGCCAUCUUUGGAUUCUAUGACCAGAUGUCAAUGAACACACUGACGUCAUUUUGUGGAGCCCUUCACACAUCCUUCGUCACACCCAGCUUCCCAACAGAUGCAGAUGUGCAGUUUGUCAUCCAGAUGCGGCCAGCAUUAAAAGGAGCCAUCUUGAGUCUCUUGACUCAUUAUAAGUGGGAAAAGUUUGUGUACCUCUAUGACACAGAACGGGGAUUUUCCAUUCUUCAGGCGAUUAUGGAAGCAGCAGUACAGAACAACUGGCAAGUGACAGCCAGAUCUGUAGGAAGCAUAAAGGAUGUUCAAGAGUUCAGAAGAAUUAUAGAGGAGAUGGACAGGCGGCAAGAAAAAAGAUACUUAAUUGACUGUGAAGUAGACAGAAUCAACACCAUUUUGGAACAGGUUGUAAUCCUCGGCAAACAUUCUAGAGGCUAUCACUACAUGUUAGCUAACCUGGGUUUCACAGACAUUGUUCUGGAGAGAGUAAUGCACGGAGGUGCCAACGUUACUGGGUUCCAGAUUGUUAAUAAUGAAAACCCAAUGGUUCAACAGUUUCUACAGCGCUGGGUGAGGCUCGAUGAAAGGGAAUUCCCUGAAGCCAAAACCUCACCAUUAAAGUAUACGUCUGCGCUGACCCAUGAUGCAGUCCUAGUCAUAGCAGAGGCUUUCCGUUACCUCCGAAGACAGCGUGUGGAUGUCUCCAGGAGAGGUAGUGCUGGAGACUGCCUGGCUAACCCUGCAGUACCAUGGAGCCAAGGAAUUGAUAUAGAAAGAGCGCUGAAAAUGGUGCAAGUUCAAGGAAUGACAGGGAACAUCCAAUUCGACACCUAUGGGCGGAGAACAAAUUACACAAUUGAUGUGUAUGAAAUGAAAGCUGCUGGAUCACGGAAGGCUGGUUAUUGGAACGAAUAUGAGAGAUUUGUGCCAACAUUAGAUCAGCUGCCCUCUAAUGACACUUCAUCUGUGGAGAACAGAACUAUAGUAGUCACUACCAUCUUGGAAUCACCAUAUGUAAUGUAUAAGAAAAACCAUGAACAACUAGAAGGGAAUGAGAGAUAUGAAGGAUAUUGUGUAGACUUAGCUUCUGAAAUAGCAAAACAUGUUGGAAUAAAAUACAAACUGUCAAUUGUUGGAGAUGGGAAAUAUGGAGCUAGGGACCCUGAGACUAAGAUAUGGAAUGGCAUGGUGGGUGAACUGGUCUAUGGGAGAGCAGAUAUAGCUGUUGCCCCCCUCACCAUAACAUUGGUGCGAGAAGAAGUCAUAGACUUUUCCAAACCCUUUAUGAGCCUGGGCAUCUCCAUCAUGAUCAAGAAGCCUCAGAAAUCUAAACCGGGCGUGUUCUCUUUCCUGGAUCCUUUGGCUUAUGAAAUUUGGAUGUGUAUAGUCUUUGCUUACAUUGGCGUCAGCGUAGUUCUUUUCCUAGUCAGCAGAUUCAGCCCUUACGAAUGGCACUUGGAAGACAGCAGUGAAGAACCACGUGACCCUCAGAAUCCUCCCGACCCUCCAAAUGAGUUUGGAAUAUUUAACAGCCUUUGGUUUUCCCUGGGUGCCUUUAUGCAGCAAGGAUGCGAUAUUUCUCCAAGAUCUCUCUCAGGGCGAAUUGUCGGAGGAGUCUGGUGGUUCUUCACUCUCAUCAUUAUCUCUUCCUACACUGCUAAUCUUGCUGCCUUCCUUACGGUGGAAAGGAUGGUUUCUCCCAUAGAGAGCGCAGAGGACCUGGCUAAACAAACCGAAAUAGCCUAUGGCACUUUGGAUUCAGGCUCAACCAAAGAAUUCUUUAGAAGGUCAAAAAUAGCCGUCUACGAGAAAAUGUGGUCGUACAUGAAGUCGGCUGAGCCCUCAGUGUUCACCAAAACGACGGCGGACGGGGUGGCGAGGGUGCGGAAGUCGAAGGGGAAGUUUGCCUUCCUGCUGGAGUCGACGAUGAACGAGUACAUUGAGCAGCGCAAGCCCUGCGACACCAUGAAAGUUGGCGGCAACCUGGAUUCCAAGGGCUAUGGUGUAGCAACCCCCAAAGGCUCAGCAUUAAGAAAUGCUGUUAACCUGGCAGUAUUAAAACUGAAUGAGCAAGGCCUCUUGGACAAAUUGAAAAACAAAUGGUGGUACGACAAAGGAGAGUGCGGCAGCGGGGGAGGUGACUCCAAGGACAAGACGAGCGCUCUGAGCCUGAGCAAUGUUGCCGGGGUUUUCUAUAUCCUUGUCGGAGGCCUCGGGCUGGCCAUGAUGGUGGCGCUGAUCGAGUUCUGCUACAAGUCUCGGGCCGAGUCCAAGCGAAUGAAACUCACCAAGAACACGCAGAACUUCAAACCCGCUCCCGCCACCAACACCCAGAAUUACGCUACGUACAGAGAAGGCUACAAUGUGUACGGCACAGAAAGUGUGAAAAUCUAGGGAUCCUCACCCUGACAGCAUGCAAGAGGAGAAGCAGCAGAGAAUGUGGCUACUUCACGGAUUCGGACCACCUGAGCCAGUCGUACUCUCUCUGAGGUGUCAGGCAUGACACGCAUUGAUGA